GGGGCACGGCCGACCUUAGCGCGUAGGCCCAGCCAAGAUGGCGGCGUCUGAGGCGACGGGAAGAUACAGGAGCGCGAUGAGCAAAAGCAAGGAUCCCUCCGGCCUGCUCAUCUCUGUCAUCAGGACAUUGUCCACCAGUGACGAUGUCGAGGACAGAGAGCACGAGAAGGGCCGCCUGGAGGAGGCGUAUGAAAAAUGCGACCGUAAUUUGGACGAGUUGAUCGUUCAGCACUACAACGAACUGAUGACUGCCAUUUCCACCUACCAGAGUAUCACCGAAUGCAUCACCACUUCUCGCAACAAAAUCAAGCAGGUGAAGGAGAACCUGGUUUCCUGCAAAAUGCUUCUGCACUGUAAGCGGGACGAGCUGCGCAAGCUGUGGAUCGAAGGGAUCGAGCACAAGCACGUCCUGAAUCUUCUGGACGAGAUCGAGACCAUCAAGCAGGUGCCGCAGAAGCUGCAGCAAUACACGGGCAGCAAGCACUACCUGAUCGCCACGGAUAUGCUGGUGUCGGCUGUAGAAUCCCUGGAGGGGCCCCUCCUUCAGGUAGAAGGACUAAGUGACCUGAGGCUGGAACUUCACAGUAAAAAGAUGAACAUGCACUUAGUUCUAAUAGAUGAGCUCCACCGUCAUCUUUACAUCAAGUCUACCAGUAAAGUUGGACAACGGAACAAAGAAAAGGGGAGGAUAAGUUCUCAUGUGAAGGAGGCCUCGGCUCUGCCUCAUCUCGACGUUAGUAACUUAUCCACGCCUCGCAAGUUUGACUCGUCUCAAUAUGGCACCCCAGCAAAUUCCACCGGAAGAGAAGUCAGCUUGAUGGAAAUCAAGGAAGAUUUAGACCUGGAUCCCGAGGAGAACAGCUCGGUCUUUAUGGGCAUCCUCAUCAAAGGACUGGCCAAACUGAGAAAAAUCCCAGAGACCAUCAAGGCCAUCCAGGAUCGUUUAGAGCAAGAGCUGAAGCAAAUUGUCAAGAGAUCUACCACCCAGGUGGCAGAUGGUGGCUACCAGAGAGGGGAGAACAUAGUCCAGGAAAACCAGCCCAGGUUGCUUUUGGAGCUUCUGGAACUUCUCUUUGACAAAUUCAAUGCCGUGGCUGCAGCUCACGCCAUCGUCCUGGGACACCUUCAACAGACCGUGUCUUCUCCUUCCAGCCAGUACGAUGGCGAUAUUAAGCUCUACGACAUGGCAGACGUAUGGGUGAAGAUCCAAGACGUCUUGCAAAUGCUGCUGACGGAAUACCUGGACAUGAAAAACACACGGGCCUCUUCAGAGCCUUCAGCUCAGCUGAGCUAUGCCAGCUCCGGAAGGGAGUUUGCGGCAUUUUUUGCAAAAAAGAAACCUCAAAGGCCCAAAACUUCUUUGUUCAAGUUCGAGUCGUCUUCCCAUGCCAUCAGCAUGAGCACUUACCUGCAGGAACAAAGGAGGGAACUUUACAGCCGGAGCGGAGAGCUGCAAGGAGACCCCGACGACAACUUGAUUGAAGGUGGCAGGACGAAGUUUGUCUGCAAACCAGGAGCUCGGAAUAUCACGGUCAUCUUCCACCCGCUUCUGAGGUUUAUUCAAGAGAUCGAACACGCUUUGGGGUUCAGUCCCGCUAAGCAAUGUCCCCUCCGAGAAUUCCUCACCAUGUACAUUAAGAACAUCUUUCUGAACCAAGUCCUGGGAGAAAUCAACAAGGAAAUAGAGGGCGUUACCAAAAUUACCGAUCCCCUGAAGAUUCUGGCCAACGCAGACACCAUGAAAAUGCUCGGGGUGCAAAGGCCUCUCUUGCAGAGCACAGUCAUUGUGGAAAAAACCGUCCAGGACCUCAUGAAUCUGAUGCACGACUUAAGCGCCUACUCAGACCAGUUCCUGAACAUGGUAUGCGUCAAACUCCAGGAAUACAAGGACACCUGCAGUGGGGCUUACAGGAGCAUCGUCCAGUCGGACGACAAGAUGGUGAUCAGCGCAUCUUGGGCCAAGGACGACGACAUCACCAGACUCUUGAAGUCUCUUCCCAACUGGAGCAACAUGGCCCAGCCCAAGCAGUUGAGGCCUAAAAGAGAGGAAGAAGAAGACUUCGUCAGGACUGCCUUCGGCAAAGAGUCUGAAGUCCUCAUCGGGAACCUGGGGGAUAAACUGAUCCCCCAACAAGAGAUUCUCCGAGACGUCAGCGAUCUAAAGGCCUUGGCCAACAUGCACGAAAGCCUGGAAUGGCUGUCGGGACGGGUGAAAAGCGCUUUCUCCAGCCUUCCAUCGGCCCAGACCUCCCCUGCCCAAGACGCUCAUGCCAAAACCGACCUCCCACCGGUGUCAGAACAGAUCCUGCAGACCCUCACGGAUUUGGCUCGAUCUUUCCAGGAGAUGGCAGACUCCUGCUUGCUGGUUUUACACCUGGAAGUCAGGGUCCAUUGCUUCCACUACCUGAUCCCUUUGGCUAAGCAGGGCAACUAUGCCAUUGUGGCUAAUGUGGAGAGCAUGGACUACGACCCCCUGGUGAUACGGCUCAACAAGGACAUCAGCGCCGUGGAAGAAGCCAUGAAUGCCAGCUUGCAGCAGCACAAGUUCCAGUACAUCUUUGAAGGUUUGGGUCAUUUGAUUUCCUGCAUUCUCAUCAACGGGGCUCAGUACUUCAAGCGCAUCAGCGAGUCUGGCAUUAAGAAGAUGUGCCGAAACAUCUUCAUCCUUCAGCAGAACCUGACUAACAUCACCAUGUCCCGAGAGGCUGAUCUGGAUUUUGCAAGGCAGUAUUACGAGAUGCUGUACAACAUGGCGGACGAGCUGCUCAACCUGGUGGUGGAUCAAGGCGUGAAGUACACGGAGCUGGAGUACAUCCACGCCCUGAGCUUACUCCACCGCAGCCAGACCGGCGUGGGAGACCAGACCACGCAAAACAUGAGGUUGCAACGCCUGAAAGAGAUCAUCUGCGAGCAGGCCGCCAUCAAGCAAGCCACCAAGGAUAAGAAAAUCACCACCGUGUAGCUUAGUCUACUAGCAGCAGCCAUAUCCCUUCGCAGCCUGUAGAAGCAACGAAGGGGAAUUUCUCUAUUUGGGGUAACGUUUGGGUAUUCUGGCCUUUUCCGGUUAGCUUCUUCGCUGGGGCGGGUGGGCGGGGUGAGUUGGAGAUCUUCUCCGUGGCUUGCUGGGAUCCUUAAAUCCGUGGCACGUCAACGGGGCCUUGGAUUGCCAUUUACGGGGAGUUGCUUCUCUUGAAAUGUAAUGGGCAGAUAAGGGUGAGGAAGAAGGAAGGGGAGGGUUGUCUCGUUGAUCCAGAAGGAUCUGAAUUGGAAAAAAAAAAUUAUGGAACCGAUUCUAACCAAGGUUCAGCUCUCAAAAAGGGGAGAGGAACCGGUUCCACGCCUACAGACAGGUUUCUGGCUGGCCCAUUGUUGUUCUAGAGUGAUGGUAAGGCAGGGGUGAAAUCUACUUACCUUCCCUAUCGGUUCAGAAGUGUGUGCACGCAUCACGUGCGAUUUUGGACCCUAUGCUCAUGCGCAGAGGGUAAAGAACAGAUUCUGACUGGUUCAGGCGAACCGGUAGCGGCGGGUGGUUCGCCUGAAUCAGUGCGAAUCGGUAGCAUUUCACCCCUGUGUUAAGGGUAUUAAGCAUUGGGCCAUGUUAUGAAUGGGUGUUCUUUCCAGAAUUUCAUUUACUUUUCAAUAUUUAUUGCAAUUAUCUUCACGCAGGACUGUGCUCCAUUUAAUCACUCAAUGGUGUUGAGGAUAUAUAUAUUUAUAUAUAUAUAUAUAUUUUCCUCCUAGAGUUUGGGUCCUUAUGGCUCGCUUUAGUACUUAGUAGCAUUAUUUUACUCUUUAUUUUACACCAAUUUCAAGAGGCUGGGUUGGCUUCCACUCUGCAGUUCUCACAUUGGCUUGGUCUCUCAAGACCCCACCUUGCCCAGAAAGAUUGGCAAAUGGGACCAGCAGAAGUCGAGUUAAUUUGCAUGGCAGAUGCCCGGAUUUUCACGAUCAGCCAAUCCAAAACCACGACGUGACCAGUGACAUUUGAAGGAAUCUAGAGGGACGUCGGGGAGGAUCCCAUCAGGGCUAGUUUGGAUCUGAUCAUUCUGUCUCCUGGGGUAAAAAAAUAAAUAAAAUUGGGAUCAAUCCAGACCCUGAUUUUGAGAAUUCGGUGAGUUGUUUUUUUCCCCCCUUGCUUUAUUAUAAAUAUUUUUGAGGAUGUGAAGGGAGCAGCAAUUUUGAUCGUCGUCCCCAUGUUCUUGGCUGCCCAUUGUCUCCCUGGAGAGCGCAAAGCCAAAAAAUCCCUUUCUUUGAUCUGAUCUUCCAUCCCUCUCCUGCUUUCCCUUGCUUUCCCUCUUGGUUCAACUGGAAAAUUAAAAGAUAAUUUUGAAACUC